AUGUCCGCCGAGGCCGAUCGCCUGCUGCGGUUCCGCGGGCAUGCGUACUUCCGCCAGCGCCUUGUGCUCGCGAUCCUUGCUGGGCGGCCUGUGCGCAUUGACCAGAUCCGCCCGGAUGACGAGGAGCCGGGCUUGCGCGACUUUGAGGCGUCGUUCCUGCGCCUCCUGGAAAAAGUGACGAACGGCAGCGCCGUCGAGAUCAACUAUACGGGCACGUCGGUGUACUUCCAGCCGGGCAUCGUGUAUGGUGGGCGCGUGUCGCACGACUGCCCCCUCUCGCGCGGCAUGGGCUACUUUCUCGAGUGGAUCGUCGUUUUGGCGCCGUUCGCGAAAGAGGAGCUGGCGCUGACGUUGCGUGGCGUCACGCAGGGGCUCGGCGAUGCGGGUGUCGAUACCGUGCGCACCGUCACGCUCCCGCACCUCACGCUGUUCCUGCCGCUCGAUGCCGUGUCUAUGCUCGCGUCCUCGCUAGAAAUGCGCAUCGUGCGCCGCGGCGCGGCGCCCGGUGGCGGCGGCGAGGUGUUCUUCCGCGCGCCGCUCGUGCCCGUGCUGCGCCCCCUCAACUUCGUCGAGCCCGGGCGCGUCCGCAAGAUCCGCGGCAUCGCGAGUGCCGUGCGUGUGAGCCCCCAGAUGAGCCACCGCAUGAUUGAUGCGGCGCGCAGCGUGCUGAACCGCUACAUUCCUGAUCUCUACCUGUUUGCUGACGUGUACCGGGGCGACGAGUCGGGCAAGUCGCCCGGCUUCAGCAUGUCCCUCGUCGCAACUUCGACGACAGGGGCCCUGCACGCCGCGGAGGCGACAUCGGUGCCGGGUCGGACGCCCGAAGACGUCGGCCUCGAGGCCGCUCGCCGCCUGCUUGCUGCCAUCGAGGCUGGCGGGUGCAUUGAUGCGAGUCACCAGCCGCUCGCACUCACGCUCAUGGCGCUGGGGCCCGAAGACGUGGCGCGCUGCCGCAUGGGUGCCCUGACGCCGCAGGCCAUCCAGUGCCUGCGCGAUAUCCGCGACGCGCUGGGCGUCGUCUUCCAGCUGCGCGCACUCGAUGACGGCCAUGUCCAUGUCUCGUGCGUAGGCGUGGGCUUCCGCGGCUUCCGCUCCGUCCCCGCGCCUGCGCCGCAGGGCGUGACUCAGCGCGAUUGGUCAGGCCACUCCACCCUCCUCACUCCCGCGAUGCCGGCGGACCUCGAUGCGUGCUCGUUUGCCACGCAGUGUGCUACGGUGUAUGAUCCAGCGCACGCCGACCAGUAUGGCGCCUCAUCAACGCCCGUGUACCUUACGGCCACGUUCAAGGGCCUCCCAGGGGCCGAGUACGACUACUCGCGCGUGUCGAACCCGACGCGCUCUGUGCUAGAGCACCACCUUGCGCAGAUCCAGGGGUGCAAGCACGCCUUUGCAGUGAGCUGCGGCAUGGCAUGCCUCGAUGUCAUUAUGCGGUUCGUCGGCCCCGGCGAGUACGUGCUGGCCGGCGACGAUCUGUACGGCGGCUCGAACCGCCUGCUGGACCUGCUUAGGCAGCAGAUGAACAUUCAGGUGCUCAACGUCGAUACUACGGACACGGAGGCCGUCGAGCAGGCUCUGGUGCACCGCGCCGCUGAGCACGCGGCGGGUCGCAGCACGCGCAUUGCCCUCGUCCUGCUCGAGUCGCCCACCAACCCCAUGAUCAAGAUUGCCGACCUGCCGCGGUGCAUGCAGCUCGUACGCAAGCAUGCGCCGGACGCCCUCACCGUGGUGGACAACACCAUGAUGUCACCCUUCCUUAUGCGCCCCUUGGACAUGGGCGUCGAUAUCGUGUACGAUUCAGCGACCAAGUACCUCAGUGGACACCACGACGUCAUGGCCGGUGUCCUCGCGUGCAACCGCGACGAUCUGGCCGCGAAAAUGUUCUUCACGAUCAAGUCGGUCGGCAAUGGCCUCGCGCCACUCGAGUGCUUCCUGCUGACGCGGGGCAUCAAGACACUCGCGCUGCGCAUGGAGAAGCAGCAGGCGACGACGAUGCGCAUCGCACAGUACCUCGAGCAGCUUGGCUUCAAGGUGCGGUACCCUGGCCUGCGCUCCUACGCGGGCUACGCCGUGCAUGCGCGCCAGGCGCGCGGCGCAGGCGCCGUGCUUAGCUUCGAGACUGGGCAGACGGCGCUCUCAGAGAAAAUUGUCGCGUCCGUGCGGCUGUGGGGCGUGAGCGUCAGCUUUGGCUGUGUCAACAGCCUCAUUACCAUGCCCUGCCAAAUGUCGCACGCCAGCAUCCCGGCCGAGGUCCGCGCAGAGCGCGGCCUGCCCGAGAACCUGAUCCGCCUCUGCGUGGGUAUCGAGGACGCCGACGAUCUCAUCGCCGACCUGCAGCGGGCCUUGCUGCUCGCCGGUGCGAUCCAGCCCAGCAAAAGCCAGAAGUGCAGCUACGUGCGUGUACCGGUGCCGGACGAAAUGGAGAUCCUGCGCCGCACGAUUGCGCAGCGAAAGCCCGAGGCGCCCAGCGCCGCCACGUCGGCGCCUACGACACUAACGGUGAGCGCACCCGGCAAGGUCCUCCUGCUGGGCGAGCAUGCCGUCGUGCAUGGCGUCAAGGCGAUGGCCGCUGCGACGUCGCUGCGGUGCUACGGCCAUGUCGAGCCGUCCGCCGAUCGUCUGAGCCUGACGAUGCCGGACAUUGAGCUGGCACACGCGUGGGAUGCGGCGCGGCUCCCGUGGACGCUCGUAAAGCCUACGCAGGCGGCGCCGACGGAGCUGGAGCCGUCGCUGCAGGCGGCGCUCACUGAACUCGUCGCAGAGACGUGGCCCGCCGACGAUCGUCGGCAUGCCGCGUCGCUGGCGUUCCUCUACCUGUACAUGCACCUGGCGCCGCGGCACUCUGCGGCGCAGGCGUUCGAGCUGCGCUCCUCACUGCCGAUCAGUGCGGGCCUAGGGAGCAGCGCGGCCGUGUCUGUGUGUCUGGCGUCGCUGCUCCUCUACACCCACGGGCACCUUCCGCUGCCUGCGGCCCAGGUGCCGCUGCCCGCUGAGCAUGCGGCGUGUAUCAAUGCGUGGGCGUUUAUCGCUGAAAAGGUGAUCCAUGGCGAUCCGUCUGGUGUCGACAACACGGUGGCCACGUUGGGCGGCGCCGUGGCGUUUACGCGGGCGCUCGAGACGAACGGCCUCGCGGCGAAUGAGCUGGAGCCGCUCCGCCUUGAUGCGGUGCGCCUGCUAGUCACAGACACCAAGGUGGUGCGCAAUACCAAAGAACUGGUUGCUCGUGUGCGCCAGCAAAAAGAGGAGGAGCCGGAGCGUGUGGCGGCGGCGCUGUCGAUGAUUCAGCGGCUUGCCGACGAGGCGCAUGCGCUGAUGAACGAUACGGCCGCGUCGCGCUCGGCUCAAGUCGCGCGGCUUGGCCUCCUACUUGAGCUGAAUCACCUGCAGCUUGCGCAGCUGCGCGUCGGGCACCCGGCGCUCGACAAGGUGCGCGAGUUGUGUGGGCCCUACGGCGCGGCGACGAAGCUGACGGGCGCGGGCGGUGGAGGUUGUGCGAUCUCGCUCCUUCCUGACGAGAUGAGCGAGACGGCCCUCAGCGAGCUCGUCAGCGCGCUGCAUGCGCAGGGCUUUGCUACAUACGAAACGGAAAUGGGCGGCCCCGGCGUCGGUGUGCUGGUGCGCCCAUCCGACACGGCCGCCGCUUGGCCGCCCGCUGGCUCGGCCGCGUCGUGGGCGGAGGCAGCGGGCACGUGGGUGUUUGCCUAG